UGUUUGCGGACUUGUUUGUGACUCAGUCCCUUUCACGCGGCGGUUCAAAGGCAGACCUGCAAGCCUCGCCAGGAAGAGAAAGAAUUUGGGGGCGGGGGCGGCUCGGGCGCAGCACUUCCGUCCAGCCGCGCUCGCUCGGCGCUGCCCCGCAGUCCCCGGCGGGCGCAGCGCGGGGUCACCAGCGCCCCGGGCGGCGGGCGGGCUGCCAGCCAGCAACUUCCCCGCACCCUGCGGGAUUUAUGACCCCACCCCCGCCCCAGCGCUCGGUCGCGCAAUGUCAGGCAGGAGCGGCGCCGCGGCAUAAAAUGGAUCCCGGCCGGCGCGGCGGCGGCGGCGGCGGCGGCAGGCAGGCGGCGGGCCCCCGGGUGGCGGGGCCGCGGCUCCCGGGGCUCGGCGCGGCAGCCGGGCGCACACGCGCGCGCUGACCGCGGACGGCGCGGGCCACGCGGAGCCGCCCCUCUCCCUGCCCUCGCGCAACUGUCAGGCGAAGCGGGCCGGCGCAUAUUGGCUCGGCGACACGCCGAGGCUCCUCCCCGAGCCUGGAUCUUUAUAUUUUGGGAGAAUUUCUUUUGAACUCAGUUACCGCGCUCGGUGAAGGAGACAAGUCCACCCCCACCCCCACCCCCCGCGGGCUGGGCGGACGGAGUUCACGCGCCGGCCGGGGCCCGGGCUCGCCGGCGUCCUGCGGGGCUGCGAGUCUGGAUCGCACCCCUGCGUUUCCCGGUGCGGGGCCGAGGAAUAGGCCGGCCGUCUGGCUGUGACUGCCGGCAGAGAACGCGUGCCCGGAGGAGGCACGGCGCGAGGAUGAAACGCAUCGGAAGAGAAGAAUAACCGGCCACCUCCACCCUCCCCGCAGCCUCACUGCUCCCGUGACUUGGCUUUUAUGCCCCCUCCCCCCGGCUAGGAAACCUUGACUUGCGGGCCAAGAACAACCCCCUGCAACCCGGGGCGCGUCUGGGUCUCGAGACCCCCCUCCCCCUUUGGAUGCAGCCGUGCUGGAAGGAACCCCGAGACGCUCUGCUCCGGAGAAGCCACGAUGAAUUCCGUAGCUGGGAAUAAAGAGAGGCUUGCGGUCUCCAGCAGGGGCAAGAAAUACGGGGUGAAUGAAGUCUGCUCGCCCACCAAGCCCGCGGCGCCCUUCUCCCCUGAGAGCUGGUACCGGAAAGCGUAUGAGGAGUCGCGCGCCGGCAGCCGGCCCACCCCCGAGGGCGCGGGCUCGGCGCUCGGCUCGUCCGGGACCCCGUCCCCCGGCUCGGGCACCUCGUCCCCGAGCUCCUUCACGGGCUCCCCGGGCCCCGCCUCCCCGGGCAUUGGCACCAGCUCGCCGGGCUCCCUGGGCGGCUCGCCGGGCUUCGGCACGGGCUCCCCGGGCUCGGGCAGCGGCGGCGGCUCCUCCCCCGGCUCGGACCGCGGCGUCUGGUGCGAGAACUGCAACGCCCGCCUGGUGGAGCUGAAGAGGCAAGCCCUGAAGCUGCUCCUCCCGGGGCCCUUCCCCGGCAAGGACCCGGCUUUCUCGGCUGUGAUCCAUGACAAACUCCAGGUCCCCAACACCAUCCGGAAGGCGUGGAAUGACCGUGACAACCGCUGUGACAUUUGUGCCACACACCUGAACCAGCUGAAGCAGGAGGCCAUCCAGAUGGUGCUAACCUUGGAGCAGGCAGCCGGCAGCGACCACUACGAUGCCUCACCGGGCUCUCCCCCACCACUCUCCAACAUCCCCUCCCUGGUGGGGUCCCGGCACGUGGGCGGGCUGCAGCAGCCCAGGGAUUGGGCCUUUGUGCCUGCGCCCUAUGCCACCUCCAACUACACUGGCUUUGCCAACAAGCAUAGCAGCAAACCCAACAGCCUUGGGGUCAGCAAUGGGGCUGAAAAGAAGAGUGGAUCCCCAGCUCACCAGGCCAAGGUCAGCCUCCAGAUGGCCACCAGUCCCAGCAAUGGGAACAUCCUCAACUCAGUGGCCAUCCAGGCCCACCAGUACCUGGACGGCUCCUGGUCCCUGUCGAGAACCAACGGGGUCACCCUGUACCCCUACCAGAUCUCCCAGCUGAUGUCGGAGGCUGGCCGGGAAGGCCUGACCGAAGCAGCGCUGAACCGCUACAACGCCGACAAGCCGGCGGCCUCCCAGGGCUCCUGCGCGGCCGGCGACACUCCGGCCGGCACCUCGGUGGCCGCGUCCUUCUUCGCACGAGCUGCCCAGAAGUUAAAUCUGUCUUCUAAAAAGAAGAAGCAUCGCCCAUCUGCCUCCGCCGUGUCUGAGCCGCCCCCCUUUGCCACCAGCUUCAGUGGGAUUCUGCAGACCGCCCCACCCCCCGCCCCGCCCUGUCUGCUGCGGGCUGUGACCAAGGUGAAAGACACCCCGGGCCUGGGCAAGGUGAAGGUCAUGCUCCGCAUUUGCUCCACUUUGGCUCGGGACACCUCCGAAUCCAGCUCCUUCCUCAAGGUGGACCCCCGGAAGAAGCAGAUCACCCUGUACGAUCCCCUGACUUGUGGCGGGCAAGGUGCCUUCCCGAAGAGAGGCAGCCAGGUUCCUCCGAAGAUGUUUGCCUUUGAUGCGGUUUUCCCCCAGGAUGCGUCUCAGGCUGAAGUGUGUGCCGGAACCGUGGCAGAGGUGAUCCAGUCUGUGGUCAACGGAGCCGACGGCUGUGUGUUCUGUUUCGGCCAUGCCAAGCUGGGAAAAUCCUACACCAUGAUCGGAAAGGAUGACUCCAUGCAGAAUCUCGGCAUCAUCCCCUGUGCCAUCUCCUGGCUCUUCAAGCUCAUCAAUGAACGGAAGGAGAAGACCGGAGCCCGUUUCUCUGUCCGGAUCUCAGCCGUGGAGGUGUGGGGCAAGGAGGAGAACCUCCGGGACCUGCUGUCCGAGGUGGCCACGGGCAGCCUGCAGGACGGCCAGUCCCCAGGCGUGUACCUCUGCGAGGACCCCAUCUGCGGCACGCAGCUGCAGAACCAGAGCGAGCUGCGGGCCCCCACCGCAGAGAAAGCCGCCUUCUUCCUGGAUGCCGCCAUCGCCUCCCGGCGGAGCAGCCAGCAGGACUGCGAGGAGGACGACCACCGAAACUCCCACAUGCUCUUCACCCUGCACAUCUACCAGUACCGGAUGGAGAAGAGCGGGAAAGGCGGAAUGUCUGGAGGCCGCAGCCGCCUGCAUCUCAUUGACCUUGGCAGCUGUGUGAAGGCUCUGAGCAAGAACCGGGAAGGAGGCUCGGGGCUGUGCCUCUCGCUGUCAGCCCUGGGGAACGUCAUCCUGGCUCUUGUCAAUGGCAGCAAACACAUCCCGUACAAGGAGAGCAAGCUCACCAUGCUGCUGCGGGAGUCCCUGGGGAACAUGAACUGUCGCACCACCAUGAUCGCGCACAUCUCGGCCGCGGCCGGCAACUAUGCGGAAACCCUGUCCACCAUCCAGAUCGCCUCGAGGGUCUUGAGGAUGAAGAAGAAGAAGACGAAGUACACGUCGAGUUCCUCUGGGGGAGAGAGCUCCUGUGAAGAAGGCAGAAUGCGCAGGCCCACGCAGCUGCGCCCCUUCCACGCCAGGGCCGCCGUGGACGACUUCCCCAUGGCCCACCUGUCCAGCGACCCCGACUACUCCUCCAGCAGCGAGCAGUCCUGUGACACGGUCAUCUACAUCGGGCCCAACGGCACGGCCCUUUCGGACAAGGAGCUCACCGACAACGAGGGCCCGCCGGACUUUGUCCCCAUCGUGCCGGCCCUGCAGAAGAGCCGGGGCGACAGCCGGGCCAUGGAGGCGGCCGAGGCCAGCGCCAGCAAACCCGAACGGGACUGCCUGAAGUGCAACACGUUUGCCGAGUUGCAGGAGCGGCUGGACUGCAUCGACGGCAGUGAAGAGCCCAGCAAGUUUCCUUUCGAGGAGCUGCCUGUCCAGUUUGGGGCAGAGCAGGCAAGCAAGGGCCCCCCGCCGAGCCGCGCUGCUGGGGCAAGCCCGCUGUCUGAGUCCGAUCAGGAAGACGAUGGCUCAGCCGGCCAGCUGGCCGACAGAGAAGGCACAGAGCCCUCCGCCUCCAAGAUGCAGAGCAACCACUCGCCUGUGCCGGCCCCGGCCUCGCCCAGGAGCAUCCCGGGCAGCAGCAGUGGCGGCCAGCACGGCACGUCCCAGCUCGCGCAGAGCCCCAGCCUCCAGAGCAGCCGGGAGAGCCUGAACUCCUGCGGCUUUGUGGAGGGCAAGCCCAGGCCCAUGGGCUCCCCCCGGCUGGGUGUCGCCAGCCUGUCCAAGACCUCCGAGUACAAACCGCCCAGCUCUCCCUCCCAGAGGUGCAAAGUCUACACCCAGAAGGGCGUCCUGCCCAGCCCGGCCCCCCUGCCUCCCUUGAGCAAGGACUCCGGGGUGGCCUCGAGCGAGUCCUUGCUGCAGCCCGAAGUGCGCACCCCUCCGGUGGGAAUGAGCCCGCAGGUGGUGAAGAAGUCCAUGUCUGCUGGGAGCUCCGGGUUCCCGGCCACCCCCGGGGAGGACGAGCCUCAGGCAGCCACCCCGCCGGACGCCAAGAAGGAGAUCCUGAGCACCACGACGGUGACGGUGCAGCAGCCGCUGGAGCUGAACGGCGAGGACGAGCUGGUGUUCACGCUGGUGGAGGAGCUGACCAUCAGCGGGGUGCUGGACAGCGGCCGCCCCACCAGCAUCAUCAGCUUCAACAGUGACUGCUCCGUGCAGGCCCUGGCCUCGGGCUCGCGCCCCGUCAGCAUCAUCAGCAGUAUCAGCGAGGACCUGGAGUGCUGCUCCAGCGUGGCCCCCGUCUCCGAGGUCAGCAUCACGCAGUUCCUGCCCCUGCCCAAGCUGGGCCUCGACGAGAAAGCUCGGGAGACCGGGAGCCGCCGCUCCUCCAUCAGCUCCUGGCUGAGCGAGAUGAGCACAGGCAGUGACGGGGAGCAGUCGUGCCACAGUUUCAUAGCCCAGACGUGUUUCGGGCAUGGGGAGGCGAUGGCAGAGCCUCCGGCCUCGGAGUUUGUCAGCAGCAUCCCAAACGCCGCCGUGGUGUGCAGAGAAAAGCCGGCAGCGGGCCCCGACAACCUGCUCAUCCUGUCUGAAAUGGGCGGGGAAGAGUCCUUCAACAAGGCCACCCCUAUCAAAGGCUGCAAAAUAUCCACCUUGGGCAAGGCCAUGGUCACGAUCUCCAACACAGCCAACCUGAGCAGCUGCGAAGGGUACAUCCCCAUGAAGACCAACAUCACGGUGUACCCCUGCAUCGCCAUGAGCCCCCGGAGCAUCCAAGAGCCCGAGCUAGGCGGCGCCACCCCCAAAGCAGCCCCCAGGGCUGCCCAGGCCCGGGAGAGUAAGGAAACUGCGGCAAAGAAAGAGAUGAAAUUUGAGGACCCCUGGCUGAAGCGAGAAGAGGAGGUAAAGAAAGAGAACGCUUACCCCUGUGAAGAGAGUGCGAGGCUCGAGAUGGCAACGGGGCCCUCCAAGCCGGAGGCCAGGGCAGAGCAGGAGCAGGACCGGAAGCCCAGCCCUGAGGACAGGCUGAGCGGCAGCAGCUGUGGGAGCGGCGGCGAGGUGUCCGCCUCCCCGGGGCAGGAUAGCUUCCGGAGGGUGGUGGAUGGCUGCGAGGGGGCUCUGCCGGCUCUGGCUGCCCAGAGCCCCGUGCACCCUAGCAGGAGCCUCAAGUCGAGCAGCCUUCCCAGGGCGUCUCAGAAAGGCAGCAGGCAGGAGGAGCCGGACGGCCUUUUCUUCCACUGUGCAGCUGACACCAAGGCCGCCCUGGACCGGAAGGUGGCUUCCCCGAAGCACUGUGUCCUGGCCCGGCCCAAAGGGACUCCACCUCUGCCUCCCGUCCGAAAGUCCAGCUUGGACCAGAAGAACCGGGCUAGCCCCCAGCACAGCGCCAGCAGUAGCAGCAGCACGGGCAGCCCCUUGAACCAGCCAGCCACCUUCCUGGCCAGCUUCCCUGAGGAGGCCAGCGGCGCAGGCAAGGGCAAGGACCCCAGCAGUGGCGGCGGCGGCAGCAGCAGCAGCAGCAGCAAGCUCUUCAGUGCCAAGCUGGAGCAGCUGGCCAGUAGGACCAACUCCCUGGGCAGGGCCACAGUCAGCCACUACGAGUGUCUCUCGCUGGAGAGGGCGGAGAGCCUGUCCUCCAUGAGCUCCCGCAUGCAUGCCGGCAAAGACAGCACCAUGCCCCGAGCCGGCAGGAGCCCGGGCCGCAGCGCUGGGGGGUCGCCGCCCACCUGCGGCCUGCCCCAGUCGGCUGGGGCCUCGCCCAAAGCCAGCCAGUCCAAGAUGUCAGCCGUGAGCAAGCUCCUGCUGGCCAGCCCCAAGGCGCGCGGCCUGUCCACUUCCACCACCAAAACCCUCAGCUUCUCAACCAAGUCCCUGCCGCAGUCGGUGGGCCAGAGCGCCAGCUUGCCCCCCAGCGGGAAGCACAUGUCCUGGUCCACGCAGUCCCUGAGCAGGAACCGCAGCUCGGGACUGGCUUCCAAGCUGCCGCUGCGAGCCGUCAACGGGCGCAUCUCGGAGCUGCUGCAGGGCAGCGCGGGCGCCCGCGGCUUGCAGCUGCGGGCCGGGCCCGAGGCGGAGGAGCGCGGCGGGGCUCCCGCGGAGGACAAGCCGGCGGCCGCGCACCUGCUGCCUUCGCCCUACAGCAAGAUCACGCCGCCCCGCAAGCCCCACCGCUGCAGCAGCGGCCAUGGCAGUGACAACAGCAGCGUGUUGAGCGGGGAGCUCCCGCCGGCCAUGGGGAAGACGGCCUUGUUCUACCACAGCGGCGGCAGCAGCGGCUACGAGAGCAUGAUGAGGGACAGCGAGGCCACGGGCAGCGCGUCCUCCGCCCAGGACUCCAUGAGCGAGAACAGCAGCUCCGUGGGCGGCAGGUGCCGGAGCCUGAAAGCCCCGAAGAAGCGGUCGGCGUCAGGUGCCCAGCGACGGAGACUGAUCCCAGCCUUGUCCCUGGACACCGCCUCCCCGGUGCGGAAGCCCGCCAACAGCACGGGGGGCCGCUGGGUGGACGGCCCCUUGCGGAGCACCCAGAGGGGCCUCGGAGAGCCUUUUGAGAUCAAAGUCUACGAGAUCGAUGACGUGGAACGCCUGCAGCGCCGACGCGGGGGCGCCAGCAAGGAGGUCAUGUGCUUCAAUGCAAAGCUGAAGAUUCUGGAGCAUCGCCAGCAGAGGAUCGCGGAAGUCCGAGCCAAGUACGAGUGGCUGAUGAAGGAGCUGGAGACGACCAAGCAGUACCUGAUGCUGGAUCCCAACAAGUGGCUCAGUGAAUUCGACUUGGAGCAGGUGUUGGAGCUGGAUUCCCUGGAGUACCUGGAGGCACUCGAGUGUGUGACGGAGCGCCUGGAGAGCCGCGUGAACUUCUGCAAGGCGCACCUCAUGAUGAUCACCUGCUUCGACAUCACCUCCAGGCGUCGGUAAAGAGCCGGGCCGCCGGCUCCCCGGGACUGACGGGGCGGCCCCCUCCCCAGGCCCUCUGUGCUGGCAGCACCCAGAGACGAUAGAAUGAGGAUGAAGGUUGGUGGCAAGUCUGGAGUGAGUUGAGCGGAAGGCGAUUUUUCUUUUGUUUCCUGGAGGAAAGGUGCAAACACUAAACACGCAUAGAAGGAGAGAAUGAUGGGAAGCCCAAGGGACGUGGAAGCCCCGUGAGACUGAACAAGCACUUUGUGGAACUUCAGAGAACUUGUUUGUACAUAAGAACUGCUAGCAAAAGGGAGCUCACUCUUGUCUUGCUUUUGUGAGGAAAGGGGAGGGUAGACGUAGGAUUGCUGUGGAAAGCGGGAAAAAAAAAAAAAAAGAAAAACAUACACACACCCCAGAAUGAUUGAUUAAGUGCCUUGCAAAUCUUUAUGAUUAUCCAAACAUUUAUGUUCAUAUUUUCUUGUGUACAGAUGGUGCUAGUCAAGAUGAAAACAGCAAAACAAAAUCCCACACGUUUUUGAGGUGUAUUUACAGCUCGUUUUUCUCUUGGUGUUUUAUCCUGUUUCUGACUUGCUGUUUCUAAGUAAGUUGUGUUUGUAGAGAUAUUUCCUAAUCAGUACUGCAUAUGAAUAAAUGUUCCCUGUCUUUGACGGUUAUCCUGGUAAGGCCACUCAAACAGGACGUAGAGACUUCAUUGCCACAAGCCAGUGUGUGUUUCCAAAGAGAGCUUGGAGCGGCAGGUGACGCGAAGUGCCACCUCUUAUAAGCAGCAGGUCAGCGGGUGCACUCAGAGGGCUGACCGGGGAGCAGGUGCACAUGAACUUGAGAGACCAGGAGAGGAGACAGGGCCUGCAGCUUGAGUGGAAAAGGAAUCCUUGGUGCCCUGGGCCCACUCUCUCCUUGAAGGUGGGCUCUUUAUUCCAGCCCUCCUUUCUCCACAAAUCCGGGGUGUUUGUGGCCCUCAGAACUUUUUCAUGACUAUUUUUAUUCCAAAGACUCUGGAUUGGAAGCUUGAACCAAUUCAGUGGAGCCAUAUUUCUUUGUUCUAGGUUGGCGAAUUGAUGGAAGCAGGGGCUUUUUCCUUUCAGACGCCUGCUCGGGCUUGUGUGUGCUCCGAUACUCCCAUAGUGUUGGUUUAGAACAAGAUGCUUGGCCUGGGAUUGCAUGCAUUUUCUUUUGUCCAGAAUCACUGCCUAAAAGCGAGAAGUGCAGCUCUCCCCUAUCCAGAGCCUCCGUACCCAUAAGGGAUGAGUUUGGUUCCCAGAACCCUGGCAUCUGAAGGUAGAGUACAGUUUCUCCUCCCAGCGUCGUGGAACCCUAAGUUUAAGGAGGGUGGAUGUGCAGGUCUUGGCUCCUGCGAACUUAGGACCUCAUUCUCAAAUUGCAGCAGCUGCUGAUGGGAUUUUUAUACCCAUGUUAGUGGUGGAAACCAGAGGCAGAGCACAACCAAGGAAUCUUCACGAUGCAGCUGGCCAGCGCCCCGAGAAGCCCAGGAGGCCCGUGGGAGCUGGGCAGACCCUCCCCAGGAGUUUCUGCAGCCUUGCUGUGGAUGUAGGUGCUCAGGGAGUACUGCAGGCUCCUCUGGAAUGGAUCACUUCCGCUCUGUGCAUCCCUCCAGAUUGACAAAUAAGUAGCCCCGGGACGCAGGGCCUCCCUCAGCUCCUCAACCCUAACCCCUUCGGCAGGACAGCCCUGGGGCUCCUAGCCCACCUCUGGCCCACAGCAUGUGUGCAGAGGGGCCUCACUGCAAUAUUCUUGCAAGCUCCUGAACCCAGGAGGCUGCCAGCCCUUUGAGUCUGCCAUUUGGCGCUCCUUUUCCGUGCUGGUUCCAAAGACACAACCUCAGGCACAGCUGAUCAUCUGUGCAUUUUCAAAGGUGAGUACUCUUUGGUUUUUUUGGUUGGAAGCAGAUUUGUUGCAUUGGGAAUCAGUGAGCUUAGCUUGUGGAGUAGUCGCCAUGUUGCUCAGACUUCCUCAGCAGGCCAGCACAGGGCCUGGUGCCCAGCCUGCCGUGAGACCAAGUGGAGACAUUUACAGGGAGUGAAACCUGCCAUCCGCGCCCUUUUUCCUGGGGCGAGGUCGUCAGCUCUCCUGCCUAAACCCGCGCUUAGGUUCAUACAUUUUGCACAUCUACAUCAACUUUUUGAUAUAAACAAAAGGUUAAAGGACACCAAGAGUUACCUUCCUAAGUCAGGGUGCCACGGUGUGGAACAGCUCUUAAGACCCUGCUGGCAGGGGCUGGUGCUGUGGCAUAGUAGGGUAAGCUGCGGCCUGCGACGUUGGAGUCGCCUAUUAGAGUGCUGGUUCGAGUCCUGGCCAGGCUGCUGCACUUCCACUCCAGUUUCCUGCUCAUCCCCAAGUGCUUGAGCCGCAAUCUAAAAAAACAAAAACAAAAACAAACAAACAAACAAACAAACAAAAGAUCCUGUUGGCCAAAGUGUGUAGAAGGACAUCUUUACAGAGAUGUUGUCUGUCUUGUUUUAACCUAAGUAAGCUGCAAACAUCUUAAUGCACUAAGUUUUAUAAAAACCUGAAGAAAUCCCCUAGUCUGUGCUGUGCUAUGCUCGUUCCUGCUCAGGCUCCUUGGGCACAGAGGAAGCAGGCCUCGGCCCUCUGUGUGGAUGCAGUCCCAGUAACUGCUGGGUGCCUCACCCAGUGACCUGGUGUGGGAGUCUUGGGCCUCCUUCCUGUCUUGGUGAUGCGUAAGCCAAGAAGGCAAAGGGAAUGCUAACUCAUUUCCACUUCAUUAUGCUCAAAUGAAAGGAGCCGAAAAAUGUGUAUUUGAAAUUAACACUUAGACACAGAAGCCUUAAUUGCCUGUCUGAAUGCUGGCCCUGCAUGCCCUGCUCGACGGGUUGGAGUGGACACGAUGCCUCAGCAGCCAAGCACAACUAAGAUCCAAACAGGGAGCCCGUGAAGCUGCUUGCGGGGGCGGGGGGGGGGGCACGCUGCACUUGGCGCUGGCCACGCGCUGAGGCAGCGGCAGUCGGCUUCGUCCCCGGCUCUCGGUGCCCAGCUGCGAGCGGGAGCCUUUGAUCUUCUUGUCCUUGAAGCCCCCUGCACAUCACGAGGGAGCCGCCUGUGACUUUCAUCUCUUUCAGAGUUGAAAUUAGAACACCCUGCCUGUUGUUUUCUCUCUGAUUGCUAUUCUGACCAUGCCAUGCAAAGACAGCGGUGGGCCCUGUAUUGACACAGGUGGAAAUCACACAGGGACCCCAAGCAGGGAAGGGGCCCCUCGAAUUAAAAGCUGGGAUUAAAAAAAAAAAAAAA